AUGGCUGCUGCUUUCGCGUCGUCGUCGCACUUUGCGUCGUCGUGCGCGCAUCAUCAUCCCAGGAGUAGUUCUUCGUGUUGCGUGCGAGCGCACUCUUCCCAGUUUGCGACGACGACGACGGAAACGAUUCGAAGGAGAAACCAUCCAAUUUUAGUCGUGUCGGAUUUAGACGGAACGAUGGUUGGAGACGACCAAUCGACGCUAGAGUUUCGGACGUUUUGGGAAGAAGAAGAGAACAGCAUUAAUAACGAGGAUGAGAAGAGUAAAAGUAAACUGGUAUACAGCACCGGUCGGUCGUUGGAGUCGUUUCGAGCGUUACUGAGAGAGAAAGGAAACGUGAUGGUAAAACCGGAGAUGUUGAUUUGCGCCGUCGGUACGAAAGUGUACUCGCGCGGCGACGAGAAGAAAGAAGAAAUGUGGAUCGAAGACGAAGAGUGGACGAGAACGUUAGACGUCGGGUGGGACGAGGCGAUUGUCAGAGCUGGGUGCGCGAAAGCCAUCGAAUUAUGCGGGGAAGAGUCGGCCCAUUUUCGACCAGAGGAGGAACAGAACGCGCAUAAAAUAACGUGCGCGUUGAAGGAUGAAAAUGUAGGCGAGUUUGUGGCGACGUUGGAGAGAUAUUUGGAAGAAAAGAACGUGACGGCAAAAAUAAUCAGUUCCGGCACGGGCGGGUGGAAGUACGUGGAUUGCGUGUCGAAUCAAGCCGGGAAGCUGGAAAGUUUAGAGUUUGUGAGAAAGAAGUUAGGCUUCGAGUUGGAGCGAACGGUAGCGUGCGGAGAUAGCGGGAACGACGAGUUGAUGCUAUCGGGGAGGAAUUUAGCGAUAGUGGUAGGAAACGCGCAGGAAGAUUUAGUGAGGUGGGCAGAAAGAGCGCUCUUAGAAGAAAAAGAAGGAAGUAGAAAGAAACGAGUAAUCGUGACGAAGGCUUUCGAGGCGAGAGGGAUUAUAGAAGGCAUACGCGAGCAUUUUUAUUAA